GCGAGGAUGGCAGCAUCGUCGUGGGCACGGCGAGGAUGAACAAACGCGGCUCCGGGCCCAGGGCGGCACGGCCGGAGUGGGCGGGGGUCCCGAUGCAGGCCCGAGGGGGGCCAUGGGGCAGGUCCUGCCGGUCUUCGCCCACUGCAAGGAAGCUCCAUCUACAGCCUCUUCUACUCCUGAUUCCACUGAAGGAGGCAACGACGACUCAGAUUUUCGGGAGCUGCACACAGCCCGGGAAUUCUCGGAAGACGAUGAAGAGGAGACCACGUCGCAGGACUGGGGCACCCCAAGGGAGCUGACCUUCUCCUACAUAGCCUUCGAUGGUGUAGUGGGCUCUGGGGCCCGCAGGGAUUCAGUGGCCCGCCGCCCCAGGCCUCAGGGCCGCUCAGUCUCUGAACCGAGAGACCCGCCCCCACAGCCUGGCCUGGGGGACAGCUUGGAGAGCAUCCCCAGCUUGAGCCAAUCCCCAGAGCCUGGACGCCACGGUGAUGCUGACAGCGUCCCUCAAACAGAGCGUCCCCUAGAGGAUCUGAGGCUCCGGCUGGACCAGCUGAGCUGGGCUGCCCGGGGAGUGGGGUCUGGGGAGGACUCCGCCACCAGCAGCUCCACCCCGUUGGAAGACGAGGAACCCGACGGAUUGGAGGCAGAAGAGACUGGAGAAGAACUGGACCUACAGCUCCGACUUGCUCCAUCCUCAGAGCCUGAAGUAGUGACUCCCCAUCCCAUUCCCGUCUCUGGUUCUGAGACCACCCAGGCCUUCACCCUGUCACCAUCCACACCCCAAAACCUGAACUCAGGGCCUGAAGAGCCCACACUGGAAGAGGAGAAGGAGUUCCAUGGGCCACAGGAGACAGAACCAAACACAGGACAGUGUCUCCACCGCAUGGGCCAAUCAGAAUUCAGCCUGGAGCCACACCCUUUGGGUACCACCACUGGUUGGUUUUAGACAUCACUUUUGUUGGCUGUUUACAGAGUUCCAAUUUUGGAAUUGUCCCCACCUCUAUGAAUGGUCAUUGGCUGGCUACAAAGGAGCCCCGCCCCUACUCCCUCCCUCCGAGUCCCACUGAAGGGGGCGAAAUCCCCAAGAAGCAGAGGAGUCCGCAGCCUCUCUCGAGCCGAGAUGGGGAGUAAAGUGGCGGACCUGCUGUACUGGAAGGACACCAGGACGUCGGGAGUGGUCUUCACGGGCCUCAUGGUCUCCCUCCUCUGCCUCCUGCACUUCAGCAUCGUGUCCGUGGCGGCACACGUGGCUCUGCUGCUGCUCUGUGGCACCAUCUCUCUCAGGGUCUACCGCAAAGUGCUGCAGGCUGUGCACCGGGGGGAUGGAGCCAACCCCUUCCAGGCCUACCUUGAUGUGGACCUGACCCUGACUCGGGAGCAGACAGAACAUUUGUCCCAACAGAUCGCCUCCCACGUGGUCUCCACGGCCACGCAGCUGCGGCAUUUCUUCCUGGUAGAAGACCUCGUGGAUUCCCUUAAGCUGGCCCUCCUCUUCUACAUCUUGACCUUUGUGGGUGCCGUCUUCAAUGGCCUGACUCUUCUCAUUCUGGGAGUGAUCGCUUUAUUCACCGUCCCCCUGCUGUACCGGCAGCACCAGGCCCAGAUCGACCAGUAUGUGGGGUUGGUGACCAAUCAAUUGAGCCACAUCAAAGCUAAGAUCCGAGCUAAGAUCCCAGGGACGGGAGCCCUCGCCUCAGCAGCAGCCACAGUCUCCGGAUCCAAAGCCAAAGCCGAAUGAGAGGGGUGUCUCUGUCUUCGGGACACGCCCCAACCCGAGCAGCCCUCUGCCCCUCUCCAUCUCCCGUCCAUCCCAUCCACUCCCAAUGUCUGCCACGAACAGUUUCCGGGUGGGUGUGAGGAUCAUGCCCAUCAGGGGAACCGCUAAUUUGCCCUAGCGGCCAGGACUACAUUUCCCAAGAGGCUCUGCCCUAGGAGUCAGAGAUAGCCCAGACGCCUUGGCCGUAGGGCCUUCUGGGACUUGUAGUUGACUAGACGUGGCGCUGCCCUGCACUACCGAGACGCCACCACUCGAGGCGCCUUGAGGGGUUGGUGUCUGGAGGACGCCAACAGGCCCGGUGCAGGGGCUUUGCAUGGGGCCCAGGGGAGGCCUGAGCUUGGAUUUACACUGUAAUAAAGACUGUGGAAAACAAGG